ACAGAUCAUUAUUUCUCUCCCCGAAUUUCCUUCUUAUUCGCGGCUCCUGUUGCUGCUUCUCUUCGUCGUCUUCACUUUUGUAUACUUUCGUCCUUCUGGAAAUUGUACUUUUCCAGGUUCCACUCACACAGUCCUCCCUCUCCGAAGUUCGCGCAUGUUCGUUUGACCUGGCACUCUUUGUGAACUGUUGAUCGUUUACGUGAUAGUAGAAUUGAGAUAAACUUUUUGAUUUUUCGUUGGGGAGAAAGAAGGCAGUUGUUGUUGGGAAUGUGAUAGAGUCCGUUUUUAGCUGAAUUUCUCAAUUGCUUGAAUCGACUGCAUUUCAAUUUCUGACUAUGGAUUCUCACAAGGAGAGCGUGGAGUUGUUACUAGAUAUCUGAAGCCAUACCAAUGGGUCCGUGGCAACGUCCGAAACAGAAAAGUUUCUGGUAGAUAUUAUAAUAGCAAGAGCUCUAAAUGGCCUGAACCCUCAUUAUCUAAAAGACUACAAUAUGCUGAUCCAGGGCAAAAAAACUGUCCAUCACUUAUGGAUUCAUGUAUCUAUAAAAUUCGGGAGGACAUAGACACAUAUUGUACCUUCUACAUGUUGCCAAGGGAUUUAGCUCAACUGAUUUGUGAUGAUUUGGUUUGUUCCCACCAACUAGACGAUGCGAUACUUAAGGCUUUUCAAUAUUGUGCUCUUGAGGAUGUCAAUUUGGAGGGAUGCCCAGGAGUGAACGAAUGAUGGAUGAAUGUAAUUCAAUCACAGGGUUCAUCCUUACUAUCUGCAGAUCUCUCGGGUUCUGCCGUAACUGAUUUUGGGUUAAUUUAUCUUUUGAGGUGUAAAAAUCUUCAAGCCUUGAAUCUUAAUUACUGUGAGCGGAUUUCAGAUGAAGGUCUAGCGUUUCUUAGUGGUCUAACAAACCUGAGUACUUUAAGUAUUAUACGGAGCAACAUCAUCACUGGCAAAGGAAUCAGGUCCUUAUAUGGCUUGGUCAACUUGAACUUGGAGAGAUGCCGAUACAUAUGUGGACACAUGUCUUACCUGAAAGGCCUUACAAAGCUUGAAUCCCUCAAUCUCAAUUGUUGCAAUUACAUUACUGAUGAUGAUAUGGAGGCUAUAUCAGGGUUAACAAGCCCGAAUUCUUUACAAAUUGAAUCCAACGAGGUUACUGAUCAUGGAGUCGCCUUUCUUAAAAGUUUAAAGAGGCUUUCACUUUUGAAUAUGUCGGCUUGCCCUGUCACUGCUGCAUGCCUGGAGUCUCUUGCAGAGCUUGAUGGCUUAUUAAAUUUGAAUCUGAGCAGAUGUGAAUUGACAGGUGACGGCUGUGAGAACUUCGCGAAGUUGCUAUCUUUGAAGGUUUUAAAUUUGGGGUUCGCUAACAUCUCGAAUACUUGUUUGAUGCACAUUAAAGGUCUAACAAAAUUGGAGAGCUUAAACUUGGAUUCUUGCUCAAUUAACGACAGUGGGAUGGUUCACCUUUCAGGCCUAUCCAAUCUGAAAUGCCUGGUGCUGUCCGAUACAAAAGUUGGAAACAAUGGCUUAAGUCAUCUUUCCGGUUUAUGUAAGCUGGAAAGUUUAAAUCUUUCAUUCACUUACGUUACUAUCGGUGGUUUGACAAAACUGUCUUGCUUAUCUUCUCUUAAGUCUCUCAAUUUUCCUGCUCGCCGGAUAAUUGAUGCUGAUCUUGCUGCACUACCUUAUUUCACUGGGCUGAUGCAUCUGGAUCUCUUUGGAGCUCGAAUCUCCGACAUUGGAACCUACUAUUUGAAACCUUUAAAAAACCUGCGCUCGCUGGAUAACUGCAGUGGCUUAUUGUCCGAUAACGGUGUAAAGAACAUUAAAGAACUUACAUCCUUGAGGAUGCUGAAUCUGUCUACGAAUCUCCUAUUGACUGACAAGAGCUUGGAAUUGAUCUCAGGACUCACACAGCUGGUGUCUCUGAACAUGUCGUAUUCCGGUCUCGAACAUCGUAAGUCCCUAAAGAACCUCAGGUCACUGAAUUUGGAUUCCUGCAAGGUGACUGCCCAUCACAUAAAGAUACUUCAAUCAAAAACUCUCCCAAAUACGGAUCCGAAUUCAACACCCGGGUCCAAUAAGGUAACAUUUCUACCGCAUUUUCGCCUGUCUUAUCUUAAAUCUCGAACAUUUCUCUUGAACACGAUGUUCGAAUAACUCGGGCUGCUACGCUGUAAGAAGGUAAUCUAAUACCUCCUCGGCCGUGGCUCGAGUUUCUUUCAUUUCUUCAUUUAGAACAGCCUGAUGCGUCCGUAGCUCUUGCUCCGGUCGGGCUCUGUGUGUAUAUACACGUCGUUUGUUAUCUAUGAAAUAAGAUCGACUU